AUGGCUUUUAUCCUGGUACGGGCCUCCAUCCUUGUUUUUCUCAUUGACGCGACAAUCGGUCAGAUCCGCUACUCUGUCCCCGAGGAGAUGAGAAAAGGCUCCUUUGUCGGAAAUGUGGCUGAAGAUUUAGGAAUAGACGCCAAAAGGCUGGUUUCAGGCGGUGCCCGAAUCGUUAGCGGUGAUAGUAGCGAGUAUAUCAGGCUGGAUGCAGACAAAGGGAUUCUUGUCGUGGGUGAAAAGAUAGAUAGAGAGCAGCUCUGCGGGCAGACAGCGCCCUGUAGCUUGAAUUUUGAAAUGAUUAUGAUGAAUCCAAUGCAACUGCAUAGCGUUGUGGUGGAGGUGUUAGAUGUUAAUGAUAAUGCACCUGUGUUUCACGAGAAAGAAGUGCGUGUAGAAAUACUAGAAUCUGCUGUCCCAGGAACCGAAAUAUUACAAGAGAGUGCCACUGACCCUGAUGUUGGGAUCAAUGCUCUACACGGCUAUUCCUUACACCCAACAACACAUUUUAAUAUCAAGGUUUUGUCGAGCCCAAAUGGUCAUAAAUAUGCACAGUUGUAUCUUUCUAAUGCUUUAGACCGCGAGAAAGAAGAAAAGAUGCUUCUCAUGCUGACUGCUGUGGACGGUGGUGACCCGCAGAGAUCAGGAACACUAAAAAUACACGUAACUGUCCGAGACACAAAUGAUAAUGCUCCAGUUUUUACGCAAUCAAUUUUCAAGGCGUCUGUCAAAGAAAAUGUUCCCAAAGGAACCUUAGUGGUGAGCUUGAGCGCAACAGAUGCAGACGAAGGGAUGAAUGGCCGAGUCUCAUACCACUUUAAUCGCAUGUCGAGUAAUGUUGCUGAACUUUUUAAUUUAGAUGAAAACACCGGCGAUUUAACUGUAAACGGUGUGAUUGAUUACGAAGAGAAUAAGAUAUAUGAGAUUGGUGUGCAGGCAAAAGAUCAAGGUGGACAAAGCACAUCAACAAACGUAAUAAUUGAGGUGACGGAUGUAAACGACAACGCACCUGUAAUAACGCUAACUUCAUUUUCUAGUGCUAUCCCCGAAGAUUCCCCCAGUGGGACUACUGUGGCUAUCAUUAACGUUAAAGAUCUAGAUUCAGGUAAAAAUGGCAAAGUAGAUUGCUCAGUCAACGGCAAUAUCCCGUUUGCAAUCCAGUCAUCUUUAAAGAAUUAUUACACUCUUGUAACAAACGGUAUUCUUGACAGGGAGCGGAACCCUGAUUACAAUAUCACGUUCACGGCUGUGGAUGAAGGUAGCCCCCCUUUGUCGACUAACAAAACAAUAACACUUCGUGUAUCUGACGUCAAUGAUAAUGCACCCAUAUUUGAACAGAGUUAUUAUGAAGCUAAUAUAAUGGAGAAUAAUUCCCCAGGGCUAUCCGUGUUUUCCGUGAAGGCACAGGACUCUGAUUCAGGGCAGAACGCACGAGUGUCUUACCUGCUUAUUGAUACUCAGAUACAUGGUAACCCCAUAUCG